AUGGUAGCUAGUGAUCUUAACAAAGGACCUAAGAUGGGAGCUAUUGUUGGUUGCGCAAGUGUCGUCUGGUUUUCCAUUAAAUGUUUAUUCCUAGUACCAAUUAAUAUUAUUAAGGAUGGGUUAAUAUUUAGACACAAGCAUGGUAAGUCAUUGAGUUUUGACUUCAUGCAUAGAAUUACCAUUAGGACUCUUGUAGGGAAUUCAAAUGACUACCUUAUUGACUGGUUCAUCAAUCCAUACAUGAAGAGGGCUGGGGAUGCCAUUCGUAUCCCCAACUGUCCUCGUCGUAACACCACUGAGCAUGCAAGCAUUAGAUUGACAGAUGGUGAUUUGGCGCUAGUGACUAAAUCCUUUGGUGCUCAUUUUGAAAAGGGUGUAGAUGUAGAAAUGAGAUGGUUUGUGAAGUCUAACACAUUUGAUGCAAAGAAAGACCCUGUCAUAUAUUACAUCCAUGGUGGUGGAUUCCGUUUGAAAGAAAUCGAUAGCGUUAUUGUGUUUUUAGGUCAUAUUCAUGAGGCGUAUCCUGAAGCUGCUAUUGUGCUUGUGGAUUACACUCUGACAUCUGCUGCUAAGAAUGCAGUUUUCCCUCAGCAGUUGUUGGAGUGUGUUGCUGGUUACGAUUGGUUAACCGCAGAAAGCGGUUGUCAGAACGUAUCCCUAAUAGGUGAUUCUUCUGGGGGUAAUUUGGCUCUUGCUCUACUGGAACUUUUGCAACUAUCUGCAAGACCUGCUCCCAAAAGAGCAGCUGUAAUUAGCCCCUGGGUGAACCCAUCACUUCAUGAUGAAGGAUUUGCAAAACACGAAAUUAUUGACUAUUUGCCUGCUGAUAAGCUUUUUGAGUGGGGUGAUUACUAUACCCCAGGUCCAGAAUACAUCAAGAAUCCAUUCUUGAAUAUUGAGCACAACUUUGAGACCCCAGUCUGGAAGAACGUGUUGGAACAAACUGAAUUGUUGGUUACUUAUGGUGCAGAGGAAAUGUUCCAUGAUCAAGUCAAACGGUUCGUUGAGAAAUUGAAAUUGGCCAAUCCAGCUAAGUUUUCUGCUGAGAAUAACGUUGUCGUUGACGAUGUAGGGGCUCAUACCAGUCCAUUGUUCUUUACAAAAUUGGACUUGAAAUAUUGGUUAAGUUACGAUAUUAACCGCAAAUUUAUAAGAUUUCUAACGAGUUCCUAA